CACUCAGAGUAGUGUGGCACCAGACAGUGCACUCUGAGCGUUCAGAGUAGUGUGGCACCAGACAGUGUGCUCAGAGUAGUGUGAUGCCGGACAGUGCACUCGGAGCAGGAGCUACACCAGCCAGUGUGCUCAGAGCAGGAGUUACACCAGACAGUGCGUUUAGACUGCGUUCACGUCGUUUUCUCACUUGAAAGCGUUUGCAGAGUUUAUGUCGCAUCUCCAUCCUUAUAUUAAAGACAUUCCUACACGGGAAAGAGAGCAUUAUUUUGUAUUGCCUGUGUUUCAUUGGAAUGAUUUUAUACAAAACCAAAGACAGUCUUAAAUGCUUGUCAUUAACUGGUCAGAAUCUAUUGACAUUAUACAGCCGUCUUGAAGGAUUUCAAGCAGUCCGAUUCGAAAGCUUAAAAUAAUCAGUCUCUCGCACCCCUUUCUAAAACUAAAUUAAACCCGUUCUCGGUCUUAAAUGUAAUUCCAUUUGGUUUUCAGUUAGUGGGCACUGGUCCCGACCUCCGGUCUCCUCAUGUAAAACAAACAGGAGAAACAUCCCACACCUCACCACACGCCCAGUCACUGACAGCUCUCACGAGGCGGAGACGUAGCAACCAUACUUGACAACAGGUCCGCUCGGCCCUCAUUGGACGAAAAAAACCGUUAGCUGACCCUGUCAAGACGCUCACUGGCUGCUGCAGCUGUCACUCUCCUUCGAUUGUCUCCGCCUUCCCUGUGGUUGCAGCUAGGAGAGGAAAGAACCGCUUGCUGUGAGCAGGGUUGUCACAGAUAUUGAAUUAAAAACAGAGAAACCGGCGACUUUGGGAAGCAAUGCAUUUUAGACUUUAAAUGGACGUUUUUGUGAAGUGUAGUCGAAGAAGCUUUAGAUAGGGCCUUCGGUUUUAAAAUAACUGGAACUGAUCUGUGCACUGCGGUUGUGUCCUGGCAACCUGAAGUAGUAUUAAUUUACCGGUGCUUGUGGCCGGAGGGAGGCUUCGUAGUGACCGUAUAAAACCGAGACCCGCAAGCAGAUCCCUUCCAGGCUUCCCGAUCUCCCAGCCAGCGCGCCCGCAGGAUUUUGUACGUUUUCAGGCUGAUGUGGGCCGCAUCUUUUAAAAUUCGGGGAAAUAUAUUUUUAUCAUGGUAUUCAGUUUCUACUUCGGUGGCUCUCUUAGCUGUCAGGCAGUCGUGGUUAAUUUGGUGGGAUAUGGAAUUCUUUGUAGUUAGUCUGUACUGCACGAAAGUUUUAAUGGACUUCCAAGUAUAAAUUUUGUUUUAAAAUAUUCAACAUAAACGAAACUUAUCUAAAUGAUUCGGUUUAAUUUUAGCCGUUUCCCUUAAAAGGCGUCUUUGAAUAAAUACAGUACAUAAAUUCAACGGAAGAAGAUACGAUUGUGCGAUGUAGGCGCAUCCACUGAUGAUGUAGCUACCGCAGAGGGAGAGAGUAUUAUUGACUGCUGGGGGAUAUAAACACGGGCAUAUUUUGUCCUCCUGUUCAUGUGUUUUGAACAAUAACCGGAGAUGAAGCGGUGCAAGUCUGACGAUUUCAGCCAAGCUGAAGACAGCGGCAAGUCGGGGGGCGAAGACACCCCGAGUGUGUUCGUUGUGGAGGUGAAGACCGGGGACACAGCGGGGGGCACCCAUGACGCCUGCAGCGAGGGCCCGAACCCGCAAGCCCCUGUAACCAGGAGUAAACCACCAGAUCUGAAGAAGAUCCAGCAGCUGUCGGAGGGCUCCAUGUUUGGCCAGGGCCUGAAGCACCUCUUCCACAGCCGGCGGCGCUCCCGGGAGCGGGGUCACCAGAGCUCCCAGGACUCGGCGCAGUCGCUGCAGCUGUCCUCCGGGGGGGCGGCCGGGGGCCACUCCGACCACGACUCGGCGGACGAGAAGGAGCGCUCCCCGGAGAUGCACCGGGUGUCGUACGCCGUCUCGCUGCACGACCUGCCCGCCCGCCCCACGGCCUUCAACCGCGUGCUGCAGCAGAUCCGCGCGCGCCCCUCCAUCCGCCGCGGCACCAGCCUGCACAGCAGCAGCCGGCGCACCAAGAGCGGCCCGGCCUCCGAAGGGCCCAAGAGCAGCAGCCCCCACAUGGGCCGCCGGGGCCCCCAGGACAGCUCCCUCACCGCCCUGCUGCACCAGGGCCGCCCGCGCUCCUCCUCCACCACGGACACGGCGCUCCUGGCUGCGGACGCCACACUGCCCUGGGGCUCAGAGGAUGCUGACCGCUCCGGGGACAAGCCCCUGAGGGAAGAAGAAUUGUUGCUGAAAACAAAGCAGAAGAAAAAAAAGAAGCAAGGGAGACAGGGAGCGAGGGAGACGGGGCGACAGACAGGGAGCGAGAGAGACAGGGAGACAGAGAAAGCGCGAGAUGGAGUGAGGAGACAACGAACGAGAGAGAGAGGGAGCGCAUCAGUGUCGUCCUUUGUUCGCCAGCUGGAGAAGGGGGAGGUGAGCACGCUGGGGCUACCCCCCACCGCCACCCACGGUGGCUCCGAUGGCAACAUCAGUCUGGACGUCCCCGAGGCGCCGGACCCCCAGCGCACACGCGCCGCCAUCGACCACCUGCAGCAGAAGAUCCUAAAGAUCACAGAGCAGAUCCGCAUCGAGCAGGAGGCGCGGGACGAGAACGUGGCUGAGUACCUGAAGCUGGCUCACAACGCCGACAAGCAGCAGGCCUCCCGGAUCAAGCAGGUCUUCGAGAAGAAGAACCAGAAGUCCGCACAGACCAUCUCUCACCUGCACAAGAAGCUCGAACACUACCACAAGAAGCUGAAGGAGAUCGAGCAGAACGGUCCGUCACGGCAGCCCAAAGAUGUGUUGCGGGACGUGCAGCAGGGCCUGAAGGACGUGGGCGCCAACAUGCGUGCAGGCAUCAGUGGGUUCGGGGGGGGCGUGGUGGAGGGGGUGAAGGGGGGCGUGUCCGCACUGUCCCACACGGCCGUGGUGUCCAAGCCACGGGAAUUCGCCAGCCUGAUCCGCAACAAGUUCGGCAGCGCAGACAACAUCGCGCACCUGAAGGACACGCUGGACGAUCCGCACCCCGAGGAGGCCCAGCGCGCACUCAGCGGCAGCGCCACACUGGUGUCCAGCCCCAAGUACAACAGCGACGACGAGUGCUCCAGCGCCACCUCUGGCUCAGCCGGUGGCAGCAACUCUGGGGCAGGGGGCGGGGCGGGGCUAGCGCCCGGCAUGGGCAGCCCCAAGUCCAACACACUGGACAGCCAGCACCACACACACAGCACCUGGGACACCCUGCUGGAGGAGCUGCGAGAGAUCAAGGCCAGCCAGGCCCACCUGGAGGACGCCAUUGAGGACAUGAAGACCCAGCUGCAGAGGGACUACAGCUACAUGACGCAAUGCCUGCAGGAGGAGAGAUACAGGUAUGAGCGGUUAGAAGAGCAGCUGAAUGACCUGACAGAGCUGCACCAGAAUGAGAUGACCAACCUGAAGCAGGAGCUGGCCAGCAUGGAGGAGAAGGUGGCAUACCAGUCAUACGAGAGAGCCAGGGACAUUCAGGAGGCAGUGGAGUCCUGCCUGACACGCAUCACCAAGCUGGAGCUGCAGCAGCAGCAGCAGCAGGUGGUGCAGCUGGAGGGGGUGGAGAACGCCAAUGCGCGGGCACUGCUGGGCAAGUUCAUCAACGUCAUCCUGGCUCUCAUGGCCGUGCUGUUGGUCUUCGUGUCCACGCUGGCCAACUUCAUCACGCCACUCAUGAAGACGCGCGCCCGGGUGGCGGGCACCGUGCUGCUGGUGCUGCUGCUGGUCUCCCUCUGGAAGCACUGGGACGUCUUGGAGCUGUGGCUGCUACCCAGCUGAUCGGCCCACUGUGCUGCCCGUUUACAGCACCCCUGCACCCUGCCACCACCCCACGCCAGGCUGGGGCUGCGCUGGGCCUAUGAAUUUCCUCCCAGUCGUGCACAAGAAGGACACCGCUGUUCCCGUUAUUUACUGAUGUAUUUAUUGUUUCUAAGAUCUCUACUUCUCCAUGAGACCAUAUUGCAUCCUCACCUCGUCCUUCGCCGUUUUUAUAGGACAGGGGUGUAGAUAUGUUUUUCUUUGCUUCUUUUCUGAAGAUUUCUGAAAGAGGGCUUGGAUCCCCUCCCUGUCUUACUUGAGAAGAGGUGUACAGGACUGCCCCCUCCCAGGGUGAACCCUGUGCAGGCAGAGCGGAGUUCGGCUCUGCCAGGUGGACCAGCUCCCACCCAGGAGGGAAAACUCUGCAUCGCAUGUAAGGCGCUCUCCAUCUCGAGCUAGGAAGAGUGCACAGCCAGGGUGAGCAAGUGUGUGUGUGUGCGCUCUGGGCACUGGGCUCUCACCUGGGGACCUGCAAGUAGAGGGCUGCCCUGGAGUGCUGGAGAAGAGACUGGAGACAACAGGGCAGAGCUGGAGCAGAUCCUGGGAUCAGUUAGGUACUUGCUAUCAAACAGGCCGAAUGGCCUUGUCUUGUCUUUCUUAUGUUCCUGUGAAAAAGUGAGGACUCUGUCAAACCACUCAGAAUGGUCUCCUCUCAUAUUUGCUGCCCCAAGAGCAAGCAACACACUGAGUCCAAACUGAGCCUACUUCAAGUUUGUUUUUUUGGAUGUCUCUUGGUUUUUUGUUUGAUUUUAAAUUGAUCAUCAUUACCAUUUUUACUACAGGUGUUUUGAGGGAGAUACAAUGAACACAUGUAUAUAAAGUUUUUUUUUCAGAUGCUUUUGUAUUUUUAUGUAUGAACAUUCAGCAGAUUUAAAUGAACCUGGACACGGAGACGACGCCCUCCUGCUCACUGACGUUUUGUUACGCAGUGCUUCUUGGAGUUCAUUUCCUCAUUUGCAAUUAUUUAUUAAAUUGCUGUUGUUCUCUUUUUAGUUUAUCAUCCUGUAAUGAGGUGAAAUGUUUUAUUCUGGUUCUUAAUCUAUGGUUGAAGAAAAGUGAUACUACAGCAGCUGUUGUAUCAGCUGCCUGUUCUGCCUGUAGGGUGCUGCUCGAACCCUGGAGCUCAGACUGUCCUGGGGCAGGCAGCAGGGCAGCAGGCAGCAGGUUAGCUCACAGCCUAAAUCCAGCAGGUGUUCCUCUCACACUUACAAAUAACCUGUUGACAAGAUCAAGGACUUUGUCUCCCACCAGUGGGCAAAAUAUCUCAGAAAACCAUUCAGUGUUCUCUGAAAAUUGAAGGGAAGAAGAUCAAACUGAAACCAGUUGUUAGAUUUAUUGAUGUCUUACAAAGCCUGAGGCGAAAGAACAGCUGGGAAAGAUCAUUGUUUUUAUCUGCAAAUUGGUUCUUUUGUUUAAUUUGUUUUGCACCAGCUGGAGCAGCUACCCAGCUGCCCUCCUAUGUCCUCCCUUCCACAGCACUGCUGCUUUCAGGAGCACACCGUAUUCGCAAAACGGCAGCCCAGGUCACAGGCUGAAGGCGCUAAUGCCAUAGCUGGUGACUUGCCUGCCUGCUCUGUGGGGUCACCAGGGUCCCUGAGAUCAGCCCACUUGGCAGGUGCCACUCGUCUUCUCCUUUGUAGCAGGAAGGGUAGAUCUACACCUGACCAAUGGGCCUUUGAGCCAGCCUGCUGCCCUCAGGGUCGCUGUGUUUUAUCUUUGUACUGUAUAUACUGAACCGUCACAGACUGCAUAGGGUGAGCUGAUACAGGAGAGCGCUGACACUGUUGAGUCCAGCCCGCUCCAGUAAUGGUCUAGCUGUGACUGUCCCACUGUCCUGCCUCGUCCAUCUCUUUCCUUCUUCUUCUUUUGGUCUUGCCGGGGUGAUUUCAAGUCUGUGCGAGAGAUGUCUUUUUCAGCUCAGUUUAUUUGAAGUUGGAGAGUUGCGCCCCCUGGCAGCGCGGGUCUAGUGGCCCAUGAGAAUUGCGAAGUUAUUUUAUUCAGAGCUCUAAAACCAGGUGUUUGUCUUUCGCUUCUCCAGCACACAAAGCACGUUCACAAGUCCUGCAGCACUUUCUUCUCACCAUUCAGAACCUGUCACGUCACAACAGCAGUCACAAUUUGCUAAUGAUCCAAGAUUUUUCUUAAGCUUUUGAAGAGCUUGCUAACUCAGUAAGCAAGCAAAAAAAGCUCUUUUGUGUAGAGACAAGCUGUCUGGUGACCUUGAUAUUAAAUUAAGAGGGGGGGGCGAGGCUUAUUUACUGGUAAGGGUGAAAAUGUCUAAAACCAGCUUAUUCAAAGGAAACUACAGUAUUGUACAGUAUUUUUAUUUUUUAAACUUAUUUUCAAAUGCUUAUUGUGGCCUGAGCUAUGGACUGAUUUAUUGUAGGACACAUUAUUGGCUCAGGCUUUGGGGGCAGCAGGAGUGUGAAGACAGCCUGCCUUCUUGAGGCUGACAGGGAUGAAGGGGCAGAAUGUUGCGAACACUGGGAAUCCGCAUUGUGGGUCACAGAAAUGCAGACCAGUCUGGAGAGCAAGGAGAGAGAGAGAGACAAGAAUGUGUAGAAUUCUGCCUCCUGCCUGUUGGUUGGAUUACCUUGAAUGUAAGCUCUUGAAGAGUCUGAUAGAAAAAAAAAAGAAAAGUAUCUCUGUAAAGAUUCGUCGUGACUGGAGAAUGUUUUACUGUAAAUAAAGAAAGGCCAUAGCACUGUAUUUUCUUAUAAACGACCGCCCCCUGGUGGCUUUUUUGUGAA